GUUACAGAAAACAGAUCAGAUGUUGAAGAUUUACACCUUUAUGCAACUCCGCGGGAGCAGCGGUUUCGUAGGUUUGCCAGUUUAGAAUUUGAAGGACAGCUGUACAUGACUCCAUAUGACUUCAUUCAGGCUGUCACAAGUGAUGAACCGAAAUGUGCUAAGAAGUGGCGAUCCCUCUCAAAACAGGAACUGAAUCAGAUUCUUAUGGAGACACCACCGGUUUGGAAAGGAUCAUCCAAACUUUUCCGUAAUCUUAAUGAGAAAGGUGUGAUAUCUUACACAGAAUAUUUAUUCCUCUUAUGUAUUUUAACAAAGCCACAUGCAGGUUUUAGAAUCGCUUUCAACAUGUUUGAUACUGAUGGCAACGAGAUGGUAGACAAAAAGGAAUUCUUAGUGCUACAAGAAAUUUUCAGGAAAAAAAAUGAGAAAAGAGAAAGAAAAGGAGAUGAAGAAAAGCGUGCAAUGCUGCGUCUUCAGCUUUAUGGAUAUCAUACUUCUACUAACAGUGUUCUUAAAACAGAAGGAGAGGACCUUGUCCCCAGAAGCUACUGGGAUACUUUGAGGCGUAGCACAAGCCAAGUACUCUUUUCGGACCUUGCAGAGCGUUCUGAUGAUAUUUCAAGUUCACUGUCAGAUACUACACUGCUUGUGCACUUUUUCGGCAAGAAAGGAAAAGCUGAAUUGAACUUUGAAGAUUUUUACAGAUUUAUGGAUAACCUACAAACUGAGGUUUUAGAGAUAGAAUUCCUUUCCUACUCUAAUGGGAUGAACACCAUCAGUGAGGAGGACUUUGCCCAUAUUCUUUUGAGGUAUACAAAUGUGGAAAAUACAUCAAGUUACCUGGAAAACAUGCGCUGCAGAAUUCCCGAAGAAAAGGGUAUCACAUUUGAUGAGUUUAGAUCAUUUUUCCAGUUCUUGAACAAUCUAGAAGACUUUACAAUUGCAAUGCAAAUGUAUAAUUUUGCAAGUCGUUCCAUAGGUCAAGAUGAAUUCAAACGUGCUGUCUAUGUAGCCACAGGUGUGAAGUUAUCGCCACAUUUGGUGAACACAGUGUUCAAGAUUUUUGAUGUUGACAGAGAUGACCAGUUGAGUUAUAAAGAAUUUAUCGGCAUUAUGAAAGACAGACUCAAUCGAGGGUUUAGGGGCUACAAACCUAUACAGAGGUAUACCACUUUCAAAUCCUGCGUGAGGAAGGAACUCUAUAGCAGAUAAAUGACGGAGUCUCCAAAGUAUGGUUGGAAGGAAUAUUACUCUUGUGUGAUGACUGUAACCAGUGAACAUCUGAGAGAUCUAUGGAAGCAAUUUCGGAGACGAGAUAUGCUGAGGUAAAGGAAGAAAGAAGGAAUAUCUGCACUGGUUAGAACUAAUUCCUAUGAAUUCUAAAUGAAGAACAAACUAACCCCGGUUAAUCGUGAAUCUUCCAGAUGCAGUAGAAAACACAGGACUUCUUUUCCACU